UCAGAGGCACUCAACUUGAACAAACUACAUCAGCUGGUCCGUGUAAACAAACAUCGAAAGACCAUUACGGACCUUGGGAUUUAGGAAAUAAACUCCAGGAAAACGUUAAAAUCCAGACAAACGAAGAAGAUAAAAGCACCAAACACCAAAACAACAAGGCGCCAAUUCCACCGCAGCGUAGGGGAUACAAAUUCCACGAGACGAUAAGACCAGACAGCGAAGUGACAAAAAAAGAAAAAAGAUAGAGAGAGAGAGAGAGAGAGAGAGAGAGACCAGACACUGAUAUCCCAAGUGGGGAAAAAAAACGAAGGAAAAUGUCUCGCCAGCUCGUUGCCUGCAUGCUGAACGUCUCAGAAGCGAGGAGGAAAGAUGUCGUGGAGAAAAUCGCCAAGGAGGCUCUGGCAGCCGUGAAUCCGCCGGCGGUCAAGCCGAUUUCCUCUGACUGGGCUAUCAAUGCCACGGCUCUCAAUAUCUUUCAGGACAUUGACUACAACAGAUCGGUUAUUACCUUAGUUUCCAGUGAGGAUUGUAUAGGUCCUUGCGUAGAAGCAGCGUGUGAAAAGGCCUACGAACUAAUAGACCUAAGUCACCACGAGGGCGUACAUCCAAGGCUGGGAGCGGUGGACCUCGUGCCUCUUCACCCCAUUUCAGAGGGCGUUUCUCUCCCCAGGCUCGGCCAGGUUGCGCGUGGUAAGUACGCAGACUUUAGAUUUUGGGGAUCGUUGGGUCUGUUUUUGUUAUUGUUAUUGUUGUUGUUGUUGAUAAUAUUUUUAAAUACUGGGGUUUGGAAAGACAUGAUGAUAAAUGAUGAAAGGGAACAUUUUGUUUGUAAUUUUUGUAGAUAAGUUUUCCGAAAAGAGACAAAACAUAACUUCAAGAAGCUAAGCUUGGUGCAAGAAAUGCUGUAGAAAAUUCUCUUUGUUCUUUCUGUCACUGAGACAGUGAGCUUCAGUAACAAUAUUAAUACACUUAUAAUAACUCAGACAUUACCACUAUAGUUGAUGUUGGUUUGGCAUCUACUAUUUUGGACUGGUGUCUUAUCUCUUUGGGGAGUGUUUGUUGUGGGUGUGAGUGCCCACAGGUAUGGCUGGGUGCUGAAGCUGAAGUCGAUCAUAGGCAGGCUCCCCGUUCGGCUAAGAACUGGGAGGUCCUUGUGUUGCUGCUGCUGUUGCCAUGUUCUGCUGGAAGAUUGGGGAAUGCUGAUCUCGGUUCCAUAUUCUGUGGCUUAAGUACACGAGCGCUGUGUAAGUACACAGGGAACGAGGGGAAUCUGAUGAACUUCAGGUUGCAGGGUCGUGCUGCUGCACCACCACAGCUGAAAUUCUUAAUUUGUGUCAGUUUAUAUCAGUUGAAGCAUGAAAUACUGUAUUGUAAUAAUUGGCAAUAGGGGUUAUUUAUUUUUAGGAUUUGUAUUCAGCAUUCAUUCCAAGAUCCUGUGCUCUCACAGUUUCCAAAUUUAACAAACAUCGCUAUAAGAAGAAACAGCUUUAUUUUUUAAGUAAAAUAACAAGUAAACAAAUUCCAGUGUCCAAACUUUUCUGAAGAAGCAGGGCUUGAGGAGGUAACCAGAGGGAUGGGAUGUAAUGAUGGGGAUCUAUAAUUAGUUCACUAAUGUUUUAGGUCACUCAUAAUCAGUAUAUGAUGACCACUAAUAAGAUGAAUAAUUAAGGUCAUUAAUAAUCAGUACCAUUUAGUAUUAUGUGGUCAUAUAUGGUCAGUAUAUGAUCAAAAACUGAAAUCAUUAAUAAUCAGGAACAAUCAGUAAUGUUGAAGAUCUUGCUUACUUGAUGAGGUACUCAGAAACAUCACCAAAGACCUCACAGUGACACCAACCAAAGAAGAAUAAGACUCACUCACCUCGAAGCUGGAAUUGGUCUGUAAAAUUAUAUGUAUACUUAAGUUUGUUUUUGUUUUGUCUUUUGGGGAUUAGCCAGAUUACAGCUUGGGUUUAGUAAAUGGCCAUAUUAAAAGAAAUAUUUGAAAUUGCCCAGGUUAGAGUUUGGUGUUAUUCAUUGAUUGGAUUGGAGACAGAGCACGAGAAGCCCAAGGCAUUACAUGUUUUGCAUUAUUGCAUUGUACUUUGAUGUUUAUUGGCAUUUUGCAAAUAGAUCAUGCAUGUCUUUUGUUUUGCUUUACAUGCUGGUUGCUGGUCACUUUAUUACCAUGCAGUUAAAUCAUGGUGCUUGGUCUAUGUAAUUGAUAUCAAGUUAUGCAUUGUCAGACUAUUUUCAGUCAGACUGUGGUCUGUACACUGCAGGUGCAAGCUCUUUCAAAUAUUUCCUGUUUGAAACCUGUCAGUGUGCAUCAAAAUUUGUGAUAUUGCAGCCACAGCCUAGGAAAGAGUAUGUGGUAUCAAGAAUUGGCUUGGAAUAAAAUUCCCAAGGGACUAUGUUGACUGUGCUUUUAAGUUCCCAGACAUGAUAUAAGUCCUGUUAGUUUUAAAUAUUCACCUACAAAAAGAGGCUUCUCUAUACCCACUCAUCUUCUGGACUGGUUAUUUAAUUGAUAUAUUUCUCUAAAUGAAGUAUUACACUUGUUUAAUGAUCUUGGAGUAAUGAUUAUUUACUUUUUUCAGUGUUAUUUAGAAGUUUAAUCUUAGAUAUAGAUUAAUAUGGUAUAUUACUGCAGGCAAAAUGAUAUAUAAACACUGGGUCCACCAAGAGUAACAUCAAAAAGAAAUAAGGCUUGGACAUUAUAUGGAAAGUCACAUGAAACUUCUGGAAAUUCUUCCUGGAAAUUUUUUACCUGCCUUCAUUAAAAACAAUAAUUCAAAGUACCAUCUUGCAAUGAGUCCUGAAAUGCCUGUCUUCUGAAAAUUAUAAACAGAAGCAAAGAUUUUGAAGAGCCUUUCCUGUAAGUCCCUUUAAUGCUAAAGUAUUGGUAGUUAGGUAAUGCCAGCGGAUCUGUUGUUAUGGUUAAUAACUAUUUAUUGAAUAGUGAUACACAAUAUCCCAAAGGAAUACAUUAUUAAAGGGUAUAAUGUAGACUAAAAACUAUAAUAUCCAGCAGUGUAUUUAAGCAUAUAGUUCAUAUGAAUAUUCUUAAGAUAACACCUUAAAUAUCAAUACAUACUUUUUUGUAAUAGAAAAGUUGAUACAGAAAAAAAUGCAAAUAUCAGAUGUUGUGAAUAUGGUGUAUUUUUAAGCACAAUACGAGUUUGGCUGAGAGAUUGUCAGCAAGUUUCAGAAGUGACAAGAGGAAUGAUUGGACUUCGCACAGGUAAAUGGGGAGAGGAUCAUGAAGUUUUACAUUAGACCUCUCAUCUUCAUUUUCAAAUAUGUUUCUUGUGAAAGUAUCAGGGAGUGGUUACAGUGGAUGGGCAAGGGUCGUCAAGCUCUCCAUGAUUCAUCAUCAUCAUCAUCAUCAAGGGGCUAAUGCCGACGGGGGUGCAUGGCCACAUCUACCUUUCCCUUCCAGCCACGAGGGUCCCUCAUGGCGAGUCUCCAGGAAGGCCCUCGGUCCAUCUCGAAUUCCUUGUGACAAGUCUCAUCGAGCUGCCCAAGCCAUGACCUCCUGGUCAUCCCAUGGGCCUCCUCCACCCAGGAUUGUCUCGCAAAGAGACAACCUGAUGGGCAGGGUCAUCCACAGGGAACCGAGCUAGGUGCCCUUACAGCCUGAGUUGGUGGUCCCGGAUUAUGCAAGUAACAGGUCCCAUGCCAGUCUCACG